ACUGCAAAUUUUGUGACGAUAAAACGUCCAGUGUCGACGCCCAGUUGCGUGUGAGUGUUUAAUUUAAAUUUCGUUUAUUUCUUUUAAUCGGAUUACAUUCGUUGUAAAUAAAUGAGGUUCUUGAAGAAUUCGGCUUUACGCAUCGCAUAGUAUUCUUAUCGCACAAUCUCGCCGUACAACGGAGUGUAUUUGACAUAUGAUCAAAAUGGCGACUUCAAAAACAAUAAUUCUCCAGUGUGCUUGUGUGCCAUUUUGCGACGAGCUUUCCGGUCGCUUCUUGCUCUUGUCGCGAUAAGUUUUAACGCCAGUCAGCGCAAGGCAGAUUACGCAAAAUCCGUACAUAUACAAUCGCAUGUACGACUGACUUUUCGAAUCGAAACAGUCGACUCUUCCGCACGUCGAUUCUGUACCAAUUACAACUACAACUUGUAUUACAACUACAACAGUAUUCUCAUAUGUAAAAGAGGCAACAUUUGGGAGAUCUCAAAAUGCAGACAAUAAAAUGUGUUGUAGUAGGAGAUGGAGCAGUUGGUAAAACAUGUUUAUUAAUCUCCUAUACUACAAAUAAGUUUCCAUCCGAAUAUGUCCCAACAGUAUUUGACAAUUAUGCAGUCACUGUCAUGAUUGGCGGUGAGCCGUAUACAUUAGGAUUAUUUGAUACAGCUGGUCAGGAGGAUUAUGAUCGUUUGCGUCCAUUAAGUUAUCCACAAACUGAUGUAUUUCUCGUAUGUUUCUCAGUUGUGUCACCGUCAUCAUUUGAAAACGUUAAAGAAAAGUGGGUACCGGAAAUAACGCAUCAUUGUCAAAAAACUCCAUUUUUAUUGGUCGGUACGCAAAUUGAUUUACGAGAUGAUGCAGCUACAAUCGAAAAGCUUGCGAAGAAUAAACAGAAAGCGAUUUCGGGUGAGCAAGGUGAAAAACUUGCUAAGGAAUUAAAAGCUGUAAAAUAUGUCGAGUGUAGUGCUCUUACACAGAAAGGACUUAAAAAUGUUUUUGAUGAGGCAAUAUUAGCGGCUUUAGAGCCCCCAGAACCUGUUAGAAGAAGAAGGUGUACCAUUUUGUAGAAGGUGUUUGAUUUUUUUUAUAAAACUGUUAGCUCUACAGUAACAAAGACUGUAAGUUUCUCAUACACAUUGCAUGCAAAAAGUUUUACAGUGACAAUUGUUAAAUUUUAAGGUAUAUAAUAGUAUUUUUUAACAUUGGCGCGGCAUAUACGUGGAUAUGAAGCAAUCUUUAUCUUGGUAUUACGCAAAUUUUAUAAUUAUAAAAUCAUAACUGUAAUUAUCGAAUUGUCUUUGCCUUGUAUAGUGAAUGUUAUAUCAACAUUUCAUUCUGCAUGAUCCCCGUAUUGAUCUUUGGCAAAUGUACUAUGGACUGUCUAAUACAGGGUGUUAAGAAAACUUCAAGAAUUUAGGGAUACUAUAAUAAUCAUAUAACACCCGUUUCUAAAGAAAUAAUUUUGCUCAAUAGGGAAAUCGUUUUGUGGAAUGAAAGAGGUUUCAUGUUUUGAUUUAUAAUUCAUCAUGGAUUAUGACAUAACAUACACGUAUAUGCAAGAGGAUAACACGAUAUUGACUUUUGCAUUUUAUGAUGUAUUUUGCAUAUUAAAUUAAUUUUUUUAUUUUAUUAGAAAUGAGCAUGAGUACUCACCUCUCACUUUUCUGAGCUCUUUUUGUAAUAAUUUGUACCUAAUGUAUAUAUAAAUACAUAUAUUACAAAUGCAAAUAAUAAAUCAUUAAUCAAUAGUUAUAGUUACUCAAUAAAUCGGUGAAUUUUAUGUUCUCGAUCAUAAAAUGCAAUUACAUAAGAAGUAUAAUAAUAUAUGGUAUAGCAUACAUCAUUAUUAUGGUUCUUCUAACACGGAGGAAAGAAAUGAAAUUUUAUCUCGCUCUUCUGAGUUCAUGUAUAAACACUCAUUGCACAUGGAUGUCUAUACAUAACUAUGUUCUAUUAUAAGAUCUAUCAACUUUUUGGUGGCCAUAUUGAUAUAUUAUCACUAAAACAAAUAAUUAUAUUAAUAUAUUUGAUUGCUUUAAUGUAUUUUUAUGUUGCAAUUGAGAAUAUUUCUUUUUAGUCAUUUAUAGUUGUGUAUGAUUUAAAUAUGUAUGAGAUAUUCUCGUAAUAAUAACUUUAUUCAACUAGUUUUUGUGUAGUAGCUGAAGAAUAUUGGUAUUGAUUGGUUCAUUUAAUAUGAAUAGUAAAAAUAUAAUUAAUAUCCAAAAAGUGUUAUAAACCUGUUUUAGUCAAGCUUUAUUUCAUUCUUAUUUUGAAUUAUCAAUGACAUUAUCUCCAUCUCUUUCAGUUAAACUAUAAUAUUUUAUUGAGAUAGAUAUUAUCUCAAUUAGUUAUAAAAUGUAUAAUAUUAUUCAGUAAAUGUAAGUAUAGAUUAUAAGAGAAUACAAUUUUGAAACUUUUAAUCUGGGUAUUAAACACAUAACACUAAAUGGAAAUUUAUCCAAUGCUAAAUCUUACGCAUAAUUUCAAGCUAAAAACAUUAUUUGUAUAUUAUAUACAUCUGAAUCAUAUAGAAAAAAGGUCCUUUUUUUUUUGUUGAAAAUAAAAUGAUUUGAAUAUAGUGAAAAUAUUGAAUAUCAAAGAUUUGCAUGGACCAAAAAUUUUUAAUAUUUUGCUUGACGGAAAACCGUUUGAUUUGAUUUAGAGUCUGCGCCAGAAAAUUUUAAUAUAAUACUCAUAUUCGACUUGAAUUCGUAUAUAUGCUCUAUCCAUAUAUAUCCUAUUCAUAUAUGCUAUACAUUCAUAUAUGUCGUCCAUAUGGAAAGAGGGUCGAGUCGAAUCAAAGUCCGCGAGUCAAGUAUGGGUCCAUGCAGAUCAAUAUAUGGAAUAUAUUUAGCCAAUGCGUUUUGCCUAUGCUCACAAAUAGAUCUAAAGUCUGAUUAUCGUUCCCAUUCGAUACUGGUUUUAUUUUAUUGUAGAUAUCCGUUCUAAUUCCACUGCGUGUACUGCAAUUUGCCAUAGUUCUACUUCCUAUAUCGCACUAUUACGGGUUAUUCGGGAAAUCAAGUAUAUUUACGGAUUUUUGCAAAACGAGUGGGAAGAUUAGUAUAAUUAAAAUUAGUUCACAACAUUUUGCUACUAAAGUUUUAUCGAAAGUAACCGAACUGUUUGCUAUAUAUCAUAAAGAAAGUUACUAUGCGAAAAGAUGCGAAGUUAAAUGGGAUUAAUGAAAGCAACUGAUACAGAAUUAUGAAUUAUAUUACACAUAAAAUGAGUUAAAAAUGAAAAAAAAAUUAUUAGUUAAGUACCCGAAAGUUUUUAUAAGACUACAAGAUGCGCGCACGCGUGUGCAUGUAUAUUAUUAACUGGGAAAAAUAUUUAUGUAUUUCAACCACUGAGCGCUGACAUUUCUCAUUUAUAUACAUUGACGUUUGAGUCACUUUCGAUUCUAGAAAAUUAUAAAAAUAAAGAUAUUUGUAAUAUAA